GGGGAUUCUAACUUAACCUGAUCAAAACACAAAAUUUUACAGGUUUAGAAAUUGUGAUGAGAGCGAUCCGUAUUUUUCCAAGUUUUUAACGAUUGGAAGAUGGCUUCUGUGAAAUUUGGAAAACACCUGAAAGAGCUGAGGAUCCUUCUCUGCCAAACGUCCAAAUCUAGUCAAGGCGUUAGAGAUUUCAUCGAGCAGCAAUAUGUAUCGUUGAAGAAAAAUAAUCCGAGGUUUCCCGUUUUGAUCAGGGAAUGCUCGUCGAUCGAACCGAAACUGUACGCGCGUUACGAAUUCGGCGUAGAACGUAGCGUGCCUCUGUCGAACCUGAAAUCCGAAGAGAUACUUGGGAGGAUUAAAGAGUUGGCGUCUCAAAAAUAGAUAUACUUUAUUAUAUUAAUAAGUAUGUGUAUCAUAAUAUGUAUAGUGUUUUAAUAAAAUAGCUGUAUCAAUUGAA